AACAUGAAGAUACAGGUAUUAACCACCUGUCUGUGUCUGUCAGAUCUCCUACCUGGUUUACCUGAUGUUGUAUAACUACAUCAUCCUGGUGAAGAUGGAGCGAUGGCCAUCUCUGCAGGAGUGGAUCGUCAUCUCUUACAUCAUCACUCUGGGACUGGAGAAAGUCAGACAGAUCCUGAUGUCAGAGCCGGGGAAGCUGAAGCAAAAGAUUAAUGUGUGGUUGGAGGAUUACUGGAACAUCACUGACCUGGUGGCCAUCUCCGUCUUCCUGCUGGGUUUGCUGCUGCGCCUGCAGAACGAGCCCUACAUGGGCUACGGACGUGUCAUCUACUGCGUCGACAUCAUCUUCUGGUACAUCCGAGUCCUCGACAUCUUCGGCGUCAACAAGUACCUGGGACCUUACGUCAUGAUGAUCGGCAAGAUGAUGAUCGACAUGCUGUACUUCGUCGUCAUCAUGCUGGUGGUGCUAAUGAGUUUCGGCGUAGCUCGACAGGCCAUCCUCCACCCGGAUGAGGAGCCAACAUGGCGUCUGGCCCGAAACAUCUUCUACAUGCCAUACUGGAUGAUCUACGGAGAGGUGUUUGCAGACUCCAUAGACCGUAAGACUAGAGUUCAUAGUAAGACUCACAGUCAGUCCCCCGUUAGUCCUCACCCUCUGUCCUCACCAUAA